UAUCUCAUCUCACGUGGCUAACUAUUUACCAUUCCUUUAUACAUCUUGGUCGGUUCCAUUCCAGCAUCUUCCUCUACCUGCAAACUCAAACUUAUAAUAACUUGUUCACCAUUUUCAUUCUAUAAAAUCAAACCAAACUCAUCUUUCAUUUUUCAAACCAUCUUCAUAUCAUAUAUAGCAUCAAAAGCAAGGUGCAUACUCUCUUUCUCAUUCUCUUAUUCUAUUUGCAUGAUAUCAAAUAGAUACUAGAAGUGAGAAUUCAUAAAGAAGAAUUCAAAAUUAGAGAGAAUAUCAACCAAAACAACAAAACUUUGCACUUGGAGGAGCCCAACAAUAACAACAAUGAGAGACAAAAGAUGAUUGAAAUUCCAUUAAAACAAGAAGUUCUUCCAUCAAAGGAUUCAACUACUCCAUCAUCAUCAUCAACAUCACAAUGGUUAAAACUAAAGGAUCCAAGAAUUGUGAGAGUAUCAAGAGCCUUUGGAACAAAAGAUAGACAUAGCAAAGUAUACACAAUAAAAGGACUAAGAGAUAGAAGGGUAAGACUUUCAAUUCAAACAGCAAUUCAUCUUUAUGAUCUUCAAGAUAGAUUAGGGUUAAAUCAACCUAGCAAAGUUGUUGAUUGGUUGCUUAACAUAGCUAAGGAUGAAAUUGAUGAACUUCCACCACUUCCAAUACCUCAAGGAAAUUUCACCCUAGGUUAUCCAUCUUUUGCUAGUACUAUUUCUAAUGAAUAUGUUUUCCAAAACAAUACUUCUAUUUGGAAAUCAAAUUCAAGACAAGGGUUAGGAGAAAUCGUUACUAACAAAGAAAAAUGGAUAGAUAGAAGCGAAAAAGAGAAAGAGAAAAAAGUGGAGUCUGAAGAUUGUUAUCACACACAAUAUAUUUUGCCAAAUAACCUCUUUUCAGAUUUGGUGUCUGAGCGUACUUCAAAUAUGAUUACUUCUAAUGGAGGAAAUAUAAGAGAAAUUUCUCAAAGAAAUAAUCUCUUACAAAGAGCAAAUCACCCUUCUUUCUUAGAAUUAUUGAAUCCUAUGCCACUUGGUUACCAAUUGGAGUCUUCAUCUAAUCAUGUUCCUCAUGAUGAGUUAUCAAAUUUUGAAUUUGUUAACCAAAUUAAAGAUAUAGAUGGAAUUAAUGUUGUACCUUUUCCAUCAUCAUCAUCACUGUCUUUGUCUACACAACAAUAUUUACCUUCACAUGUUGGUGCAAUGGAGAUGGAUACAAGACAAAUCAAUUACAACUAUGAUCAAAUGAUGAAUUCAAGUUCUCUCAAUGCAACUCAACUAUGAUCUUGCAUGGAUCGUGAUCAAGACUGAGAAGUUCAUAAUUAAUUUCAGCAUUUUUUUUAUUAUGGUGAUUUUAAGUUAAAUAGUCAUUCUCUUUUUGUUAUAAUUAAUAUAAAUGGUUUCAUAUGUGUAACUUCAAUUUUCUAUUCAGUUUAAUAAUCUAUAGCUAUUCAAUUUUUCAAGUGUAAGAGCUUUCUUUGAACUGCUAAUGACUUGAUGAACUUAAGAGAAAGCAUGCUCAGAUAAGUUAAUUUACUUUAUUCUCCA